CGCGCGGGGCUGUAGUAGGCGCCCGAGGCGCUGAGCGUACCCGCGGGGCGCAAAGGUGCGCGGCGUCCUGGAGCCCCCACAGCUUAGCGCGCGGUGUCCAAGCGAACAAUCCGGCGCUCCUUGGGAGCCGUGCCGAGAGGCAGCUCUGGGCCUUCCUGGCUCCUGAAAUCAAGAUGGAGACCCCAGAUAUGCCCAAAGACAUCCUGAAGAGCCUAAGCAGCUGAGGAGCCUUAGAGUGCCCACAGGGAGACCCCCAAAGCCAACUGAGAGCCAGAGAAUUUUCCUGCUGUUUGCGCAUCCUCCGAUUCUUCCCCCCGCCCCAAUCCCUGUUGCUAUGGAGACCACAAAUGGGACCGAGACCUGGUGUAAGAGCCUGCACGCCGUGCUCAAGGCUCUCAAUGCCACUCUUCACAACAACUUGCUCCGCCAGCCGGGGCCAGGGCCAGGGCCAGGGCUCGACAACCAGAUUGAGGAGCAGCGGGCCAGCCUACCUGGCCGUGAUGACAAUUCCUACAUGUACAUUCUCUUCGUCAUGUUUCUAUUUGCUGCCACUGUGGGCAGCCUCAUCCUGGGCUACACCCGCUCCCGCAAAGUGGACAAACGCAGUGAUCCCUAUCACAUGUACAUCAAGAACCGUGUGUCUAUGAUCUGAUGUUAGGGGCCCAGGGACCAUAUCAGAUCUAUGUCCCUAUCUGUUAGGUCAUCACGAAACAGUGCUUAGAGAAGUUAUCAUGGGGUUGAGAGGAGGAAGGCUGGCAGAGCUAGGCCUUAUGGAUAAGGACUUUUCCAGGCAAACACAGACUUUGUAGACAGUGGGAGCCUCGUGAACAAGCAUAUAGAUGUUGGAAAGGAUAAUGACUAAUGACUGCUCCAGUGGCUGUAGUAUUGGGGGAGGGGAUUGGAGGAGGGUAUAACAGAGGGAAACGGAAACAGGACAAUGCACUGGGGACAUCUUUUUUUAUGUGUCACCUUCAACAACGAGAUGCAGCAAUGAUUAUUCUAUAUCACAGAUAGAAAAUCUGAGGAAUAUGACUUAUUUGUAUUUGUUCACAUUUUAUAUUUUUCAACACACUUACCAUUUGUGAUUUUUACCCCCCUGUGAGGUAAGCAGGACAAGUGCCAUUCUGCCCAUUUGGGCCAGAAUGGUGCCAUGAUUGGAACCCAGACCUCUCAUUUUCUUGCCCAGUGCUUUUCAAAACUGUGCCACACAGGAAUGAAUCCAGUUUUGUGGGGCCCAAAGCUUUUACAAUUCUGGGACCCUCAUUAAGAAAAAGAAUUUUAAAAUGUCUUACUUUUGCAAAUAUUACAAAAUACAUCACCAUGUUACUACGUUGCUAGGGCCCCUCCUAUGGCCUUAAGAAGGAGCCUGUGCAAGUGCAGGGCCCUGAAUGUCAAGCCUCAUUAGCUCCAUGGUUUAUCUGCCUCUCAAGCCAUGUCUUAGUGCCCUUUCCAGCCCAGGCCAUAUCUCCAGUCGUUGGGACUUCACUGCUUCCAAUGCAGCUCUUCCAUUUUGGUUUUUUGAUUGAGAGAAAUUUUCGUGAUAGCAAGUUGAAAUCUGCUUUGAAGCAUUCCCCAUUGCUCCUAGAUUAUUGUUUUAAAGAAGCAGGUAUGGAAAGCAGACACGUGGUUCAGUGGAAAAAGAAUCAGCCCUGGUCUGACCACUUAGGUGUAACUUUAGGCUGGACACUUCCUUCCUGAUCCUUUUUCUUCUUCUGUACAAUGAAAUAGACUUGAAAGUCUCUAUGGGCCUGGAAGUUCUGGCUUCACAUACAUUAGGUUGAAUCAUAUGAAAUUGCAGUUUGAGGAGGUCAAAAAUAGCUGAAUUAUCAAUAAUUUCAUAUGGUUCAAUCAAAUGCAUGCAAUUUUGUAAUACUUUACAAGCUUUUUUCCCCAUCCCCCAUACUGGAAACUCCCACUGUCAGAUCUCAAUUUGAGAGAUCUCCAUGGGUCUCCAGAAAGCCCCUUUGAAACUUACAUAUUUGUGUAUAGCAGAAACUCUGAAAGUAUAUUUUAAUAGCAGUUAAUCUCUGGGGAGUAGAAUUAUGGGUGAUUUUUUUCAACUUUAAAAAUUUGUGUAAUAUUUGUUUUUUUGACCGUAAGUAUGAUACUUAUAUAAUGUGCUGGUUUGGAUGUAUUAUGUCCCCCCAAAAGCUGUAUUCUUUAAUGCAAUCUUGUGGGGGCAGAUUUAUUAAUCUUUCUAAUUAGGGUGUGACCUCUUGAUUGAAUGUUUCCAUGGAA